GGUGUGGAGAGGUUUCUGUGAUAGGAGUGAUUGUUAGUAACGUGGUUUUGUAGUUGACAAUGUUUAACCACUGAUCUUUAUCGUGAUAGCGAAUUAGAAAUUAAUAUAUAUAUAGUUGGGGCUUUAUAUGACGUCAGUGGUAAAACGGCGUUGCUCAAGUUUGACGUCAAGUUCAAAAUACCUGAGUCGACGCAUGGCGUCUUUUGUCGAGUAGGACACAUGAAACUAUGAAGAAAGACGUGCACGGUUUUACUACGGAAGUCAGAUGUCUCACCUAUGCAACGGACUGUCAAUAAUAUUGGCCAAUCUAAAGAAUACGAGCGUGCCUUCAUCUAUGUUGGCAAAGAUAAAUGUUUUAAUAUAACAGACGACGCUGCGAGUCCUUCACCAGCAAGUCACAUAAACGCCUUAUAAUGAUGUAUCGUGCUUUUUGGGAUACAAUAUUCCUUCUCACCGGCUCGCUUUUUACAUAUGGGCAGGUGCAAGAGAAUUCUACCUCAACAACGACCAUUGCAACCACCACCACAACAACUACCACCACCACCACAACAACCACCACCAGCACGACGACAACCACUACUACUACACGUGUCAAAAAAUUUAUAGCAGCCGCUGUCCACUCUCACUUUGAUGACUGCCCCGACUCCCACAGCCACUUCUGUUUUCACGGCACAUGCCGCUUUCUCAUAUUGGAGGAAACGCCUGCAUGCGUAUGUCAUCCUGGCUUUGUGGGUAUGCGAUGUGAACAUGCAGAUCUCUUGGCUGUGGUGGCGUCUAACCACAGGCAGCAGACUGUGGCCACCAUGCUGGUGUUGUGUGUGGUGGGCAGUGUUCUGCUCAUGCUGCUGUGCACUUUACUAAAUUGUUGGUGGAGACGGGGUGGUUGUGGGCGAGGUAACACCAUUUGGUGUUGGUCGGAGAAGCCUAGGAGUAUUCUGACGGGUGGGACAUCCUGCUGUAACUCAGAAACAGUGGUUUGACCUCCGUUUUCUGGAGCUCACGCAGGUGCUCUCUUAAAAAUGAGACCACAAAAUCUUCCAUCUUACUCUUGGACUUCGCCUUGACUGCGUUUCUUAGGCUGGUACAGCUGGUAAGCGCAGCACGUAUUGAGAGCAUUUCAAUGUGAGCAGUGAGAGAACUCCGUCAAACGUGUAACCUUACGAUCAGACAGACAGUGUCAUUCCAACAGGAAAUUUUUGGAACAACAGCAGCAAUGACAAGAGUUAAAGAUGGAACUGAGAAACUCUAAAAGAAGAACUCAUAACAAGCUACAUGGAACUCAACUGCAGGAUCCAGUGAUGUUAGAAAGGGCUGUUUUCAAAUAAGGUACAGAUCGAUGGCCAAAACUGAUAUGGAAGUAAAAAGUAUGUGAGAAGUUUUAGAGAAAUCAUACUUACUAACAAAGCUUAUCUUAAAGCUAUAAAUAUCGCUAGAGAUGUAUAAGAAAACACUCUCCCAGUUUUUGUCUUUUAAAAUACUCUUAUAAUAUGAAAAACACUAAUAUUACGCCAUUAAUGGGAUGUGAAACUCAAUAAAAAGUAGUGUAAUAUAUACUUUUUAACAAGAAUAUAAUAUCACAUAAUUUUCUGUAUAACGUUAAUGGAUAAAGAAUGGGAGAUAACUUAACACUGAAGUCAGUCAGGUAGCAUGUAAUAUUAAAACUAUAACAGACUCUUUUGCCAAUUUAUUUUAGCUUGAUCUCUUUAUAAUGUUGAUUUAAAAAAAAAAAGGUAAACAACCUUCAUAGAUUAACUCCAAACAUGAGAUACUCUGAGGGACAAAUAAUAUCUUUUACACAUUAUUAACACUUAAUUUUUUUAAAUGUUUUUUUUUGUAAAAAAAAAUUAAAAAGUCACAAUUUUGACAUGUAGCUUACUAAGUUAUGCAUAGAUUCACGAAUUCAACAUAAUACGUUCUUCAGGCACAAAACGUGUUCGUUCAUAUAAUGUGCUAUCAAAGAUUUGUCAACAUCAGCAGGGUAAAUGCUUGUAAACAGCCUCUGUAUGUUCACUUACGGAAUGAUUGGAUGCAUGCGUGUCUGAUCACAUAAUUACAUUUAUUUCACGGCGCACUUCUGUGGUGAACAUUAAAAACACAUUGUGAAUACAGUCACGUUAGAUCUGCACUUAAGUUUUCCAUGAUAGAUGUUUGGUGUAAUAAAUCACUUGAGAAAUAAAAAAACACUUCACUGUAUCCUAAAGUGCACCAUUCUCAUGAUUAUUGGGGAACACGUAUGCAUACAGAGGCUCAAUACUGAUAUUAUUACAUUUGAUGCACAUUGUCCUUAUUAAAGUAUGCUUGGAAGAUUUAUUGAAAUUUUUACACUGAAAUAUUUUAAUCCAUAUGUUAAUUUUGUUCUCAUUGUCUGUUCUGUCCCAAGCUUUUGCCAAUAUAAUGUUCUAAAACAAAUGUGAAUUGACCCAUAAGGUCAGAGGGUUUAUAUAUUUUUAUUUUGGAAUAAAAUAUGGCAUUGUAUGUUUUACUCAAUCAAAACCCCUCUCGGAAACUGACAAAUGACUGAUCUAGUACAAAAAAAAAAACAGAAGAAAAUGAUUUGGUGGGCUUAGAUUUGGCCGUGUUCUGUUAUGAGAUUGUGAAAGCAUUUAUUGAAGUCUGAUCACUGUGUGAAGAUCCAUGAAAUAUUUGAUAUAAUGAUCCCAAAAGUCAUCCAAGUGAUAAAUUAAACACUUACGCUGUUAGCAUGGGCAACAUUUGAGUUAUUGUCUGUGAAUGAUUUUGAUCAGCCUCAUGUGUAACUUAAUUAUAAAAACGUAUUAUAUAAACUAACAAAUAUGAUUGUAUAAGGACUGAGUAUAACAUUUAUGAAAAAUGAGAGAAAAGAAAAUGUAUGUAAUUGAGCGUUAAAUCUCAGAUUUAUCAGAUGUAAUGUUUUUUUUUUGUUUUGGUCUUUAUGAGAGUACUUGGGUUAAAAAGGUAAAAUAAGCUUUGGACAUUUCGGACUGAACAGUUUUGUAACGUGCAGUCAUUGCAUAAUUUCCAGAUGUGGAAUUUCAGUCAUCUGUAAUGAUGUUGUCACACUUAGACUAACAGAUGAACUGGCCUAGAGAUGAUGCUCGGAAACCGAAUCCUGUUUAAACCUGGUUAACUGCUUAUUGACUGACAUUUAUGUAUGAUAAACUGUAAACACCGCCCAUCGUCUUUAAAGUACUGUGUUGUUUCAUGUUGGGAAAAAUGCUUUGUAAAUAAUGUGUGGGAAUAUUAUUUUGGUUGUACUGUAUAUGGAGAAUGAGGUGUUUUCUUGACUAUCAGUCAAGCAUGAAAGUAAGAGUUACGUGAUUCCAAUAAGACCGUCACAUGCUUGGCUGACAUUUUGUUGAGUGUUUUGACCUCUUUGUCUAAGUUUGCAUAUUUUUCCAAAUAUCACAAAGUGCGGCAAAUUUUUGACUGGACC